AUCGUCUAUCGAUAAGCAAAUAGUAGCAGCGAGAGAAAAAUAAAAAUUCCGCAACAACAACACAGAAAUUGAAGUGUAGUGAAGAAUUAAAUCUAAUUAUAACAAGCAACGCUCAAGCAUUAAGCACACACACACACUCCCACAUAGAAGGCCAGUUAAUUAGUAGCAGAAAACUUAACGAUUUUUGUACACAACACAAAAGCAAACGGCAAACGGGCAGGGCAACGACAGCGGCAGUGAACAGCAGAGGCAGCGAUAGCGACGGCGACAGCAGCAGCGGCAGGUAGCAAGCAGCCUAAACACUUGCGUGCGUGUGUGUGUGUGUGUCAGUGUGAGAGUGAGUGUGUGGGGCGUGCGCGCGCGGUAUGGGUUGAGGUGAUAUGUGUUUGUGUGUGCGUGUUGUGCUGUGUGUUAGUGUGUGAUGCAAAGAACCGCAGCAGCAGCAACAACAACAAAAGAGCGGCGUGUGUAACUAAAGCGAAUUACAACACACAACGCCUACGUAAUGGCCAAUCAACUGGAUGCCAAUGUCAAGGACGAUCUGAAAACGCAAUUUGUAACGCGCGAGGGAACGUAUCGCCUGUUAACGCUAUCGGAAUAUUCGCGACCCAAUCGCGUCGGCUACAGCAACAAUCAAAGCUCGCCGCAGGUGCGCGUCUCAUUUGUGACGCUGCCCAAUCCAAGCAGUGGCAGCGGCAGCAACAGUAAAAGCAACAGCGAUGAGGCAAAUGCAGCGCCAGCAGCAGCAGCAAUAACAACAACAACAACGAGUGAUAAGCGCACGCAAUUGCAGUCAAAUGGCGGGGCUGCAACAACAACAUCGACACCAAUAACAACAACAACAACAACAAUACAUGCAACACCAUCAAUAGCAGCAAUAACAACAACAUUAAACGGUGGCGCAGGAGGAGGUGGAGGAGGCGGUGACAGCUACAACGGUAGCAGCACUGUGGACGCUCGUUUGGGCGGCGGCAUCUCAAUGCAUUCGAUGACAAACGGCGCUGUUCUCGAUCAAAAUGGAAUGCCCACUAAUCAAAUUUACGGCGGUGAUCGCAUAUGCUUCAAUUUUGGCCGAGAUCUGUAUGUCUAUGCGUUUCGUGGCAUCAAAAAGGGCACCGAGAUGAGCAAGCCAAUCGAUAAGAAGUUCUACAAGGGCACGAAUCCGAGCUGUCAUGAUUUCAAUGCGAAUGCAGCCACGCCCACAGGUGCACCGCUUCUGGUUGGUUUCACAACGGGCCAAAUUCAACUGGUCUCCCCACAGCAAGGGCCACGUGAGCUGCGUAAACUGUUCAACGAGGAGCGUCUCAUUGACAAGACCAAAGUGACCUGCCUCAAGUGGCUGCCGAAUUCACCGCAUUUGUUUCUCGCCUCGCAUGCCUCGGGUCAUUUGUAUCUGUACAAUGAGGAGUUGCCGUGUGCGGCGACAGCGCCCAGUUAUCAACCCUUUAAGGUGGGCGAUGGUUACACGAUACUCACCUGCAAAUCAAAGUCAACACGUAAUCCGCUUUAUAAGUGGGUCUUUAGCACCGACAAUUGUUGCAUCAAUGAAUUGUGCUUCUCACCAUGUGGUUCCAAUCUGGCGCUCGUCUCACAGGAUGGCUUUUUGCGUGUCUUUCACUAUGAUACCAUGGAGCUGUUGGGCAUUGCGCGUUCCUAUUUUGGUGGCUUCCUCUGUGUUUGCUGGUCACCGGAUGGCAAAUACAUUGUCGUCGGCGGUGAGGAUGAUCUGGUGACGGUAUGGUCCCUGCACGAGCGACGCGUUGUUGCACGUGGACAGGGACAUCGUUCGUGGGUCUCUGUGGUGGCCUUUGAUCCAUAUACAACCUCCUAUACGAACUGGGAUGGCGGUGAUUUUAGUGAUGAUGAGAAUCAAAUAAAUGAAUAUACUGCCACAAGAGAGGAACGCUUCUCCGGCGAUUCCACAGCCAAUGGUGGCUUCGAGGGCUUCGAUAAGAACUCAACGCCUCUCCAUGCGACACGAGCGCGUCCACAUUCGGCUUCAUUUCGUUCAGAUGCCUCGUCGGCGGCGCUGGCGCCAGAUAAGCUGGCGAUAAGCUAUCGCCUCGGCUCGGUCAGUCAGGAUACGCAAAUCUGCCUAUGGGACAUCACGGAGGAUGUGCUGCGGCAUCCAUUGACGAUGCGACAGCGUGUGAAUAGCACACAACUGAACGAUAGCAGCUUUAUGAACGGCGGCCUCGAUGCGGAUGGCAUCAAAGUGAUACGACCUGUUGCCAUGGGACAGGCAAGCAAUUUAGCCGACUCCGGCAGCUGUAGUCCCAACCGGGAGUCGGCGGGCGGUGUUGUGGGAGCAACAACCGAGCACAGCAAUAGCAGCUCGAGUAAAUUCUCAACGGCCAACUGCACGAUAUCCUCGCAAUCAUCCAAUGCCAAUACGCCGCCCGAUGAAUGCUGUGAAACAGACACGGCAAUUGUGAAUACAGCGAAUACUGCGUCCAAACCGAACAGCAGGCCACACGGCGCAAGCAACUCGAUUAAGUUUCCCAACUGCAUCAGCACGACCAAGUCCGAUAGCAUUGAUAGCAGUGGACCGCGUGUCAGCAACUCCAAUUACUCGACAUCCGGCUACAAUAGUAAGAAUUCCAAUAGCUCGACCAAAUCGAAUUCCAAUGCGAGCAGCGGCAGUUUUAGCGCCUUCAAUAGCCUCACGCAGCGUCUGUCCAACUUUAGUUUCCUAAGCAAUUCGGACAAACGUUCGGCAACCAUUGGCUAUGAGGGCAAUGGAAGUGGUUCAACGGCCACAAAUCAUCGCCAGCAUCGCAAGGCAAUGAGCAUGCUGAAGAGCUAUAAUCAGCAUAAUCACAGCAACCACAAUAACAACAGAAGCAGCAACAGCAGCUCCACAAACUUUGCACACUCCACGGCCGUGGAGUCGGGCACAGGGACAGGCUCAGGAUCGGGUAUUGGCAGCAGCGCGACGGCGAAUAGCUUUGGCUCGUUGAAAUUGAGCAAAUCGUCUCACAACUCAUCACUGGUUACGGCUGGACAGUCGUCGACCAGUGUGAGUAGCUAUGAUCCCAUGAAACUUAUUGGCACACCAGCCUGUCCGCGGUUCGAGGAGUGUCCACUGCUGGAGCCGCUCAUUUGCAAGAAGAUUGCCCAUGAGCGACUCACGGCGCUGAUAUUCCGUGAGGAUUGCUUUUUGACAGCAUGCCAGGAUGGCUUCAUCUACACAUGGGCGAGGCCUGGUCAUACCACGCACGUUGCUCAGCACUUGUCGCCCAGUCAAUCAGCGCCUCCGGGCGGCACGGUAAUAUAGUUCGAUAAAAUGAAUGCGGUCAACUAUCAGCGUAAUCUUGUCAAGCAGCAGGAGGCGGCGCAGUCGGUGAUUUAGGUUAGAGUUAGCGAUUGAUUUCAAUUAAUUAUUUCCUGAUAGACACGAGUUUUAAUUGUUUUAUUUUUCUAUGUUUGUUGCGACCUUUUUGUAUUCCAAUUGAAUAAUGAACACUCAAAAAUGAAAUAUUCAUAAAAAAAAAAACCAGAAAAAGAAAAUAUAUAUAAAUAAAUAUAAUACGAUAUAUAGUUAUGUACAACAUAACUACAAUUAAUAUAUGCAACAACAGCAGGCAACAGAACAAACAUUUAUAUAUGAAUAUAAUAUAUAUAUAUAUAUAUAAAUAUAUUUAAAUUUGGAUUAUUAUUAGUUGUAAAUGUAUUAUUUUUAAUACGUGGAAUUUGUUGAAAACAAAGCAAAGCAUGUUUAUAACUAUUUACUAAGCGCUAGCAUAAAUACACAAUAAUAAUAAAAACAAAAAAACAACUACACACACACACACACUUUGCAUUAGUCAACUUUAAAGCAAACAAAAUGAAGAAAUUGAAUCAAAUGAAAAUACAUCCAAUAUGAAAGCUAAGCCAGCGAAAUUUGUAUGCGAAACUUUUUCACAUUUGUGCUAUGGUACUGAGUUGCAAUUGAGGCCCCAACUAACGAACUACUUAUACUAACUAUAUAACUAAUUAGUAUGCAUUAUUACUAAAUAACUGCGAAACAUAACGUAAACGAGAAACUAAUACCUAAUGUAGGAACUGUUAUCGUUAUUAUUAUUAUUAUUAUCAUUAUGAUUAUUUUUAAUGCUAUUCGAGUGCAAAACUCUCUCAGCCACACAUAAUAAAAUACAAAAUAUAUACAUUAACAUAAACACCCAACAAAUUAGACUAAAUGCAAACAGGAAACAAAAUAAAAUAAAAUAUAAAUAUUUCAUACAGACCUAUAUUUUAUAAAAAGGGAAACGGUUACGUGUGCGAAACUAGUGACAAAUUUGAAAAGAUCGAAAGUUAGUCAAUAAGUUGAAACAAAAACAAAAGGCAAGAAA